AUGCCUUCGACAAGUGCAAACUCAUCAGAGAUACUGAAGCGUAUGCGUGAUUUCACGACCCAUCAAUCUACACGAGUGGCUUUGUACAAAGAAUUCGAAGAGUCUUUCGACCAGAAUCAUCAGGGGAAAUUGUCAGAUGCUGAAUUUGCAUUGAUAUGUCAGAUAACUACUGAUGGCUUUAACGAAGUUUCCCACGACAUACGCAAUGUUGAGAGCGACAUGAAUGGACCUCUAAACAGACCCGACUUGGGCGGAUUAAUAAGAGACGUGCAAGAGUUGGAAAGGGAGAAGUUGAAACUGACUGUGAAUACACAAAUAUAUAUGAAACAACAGCUUACGAGUGAACAAGACUUUGACACUUUGAUUCAAGAUACACGGCAUAGCCUGACGAAAAUACUCGACCAGAUAAACGAGAAGAUGCGUGAUGUCCACGAGAUUAUGGCAGAAUUGUGA